CUCAUUUUACACAUGGUUUUACCGACCGCCUGCACCGGAUUCGGUUCAUGCCCCCUGAAGCAAACGAUUUGAAAGCGCUGGCACCUCUCUAAUGGCCGCUGCUGCUGCCCUCAAAGCUAGCUGUUUUCUCCAGCUGAAACAGAAAUCUAACGGCCAUUCUUCCCUUCUUCUUCCACGGAGGAUCGGCCUUUCAGCAACGAAUACUGUUGGCAGAUUAUUCAAGCCUCCUAUGGCGACCAUCAGCACUGACCAAGCUGUUGGUCUGUCUGAAACAUUCUCAAAACUGAAAAAACAAGGCAAAGUGGCUUUGAUACCAUAUAUCACCGCUGGCGAUCCUGACCUUUCUACUACUGCUGAAGCAUUGAAAGUGCUUGAUGCAUGUGGUUCUGACAUCAUAGAGCUAGGGGUACCUUAUUCUGAUCCAUUGGCUGAUGGCCCAGUUAUACAGGCUGCUUCAACACGUUCACUAGCCAGGGGGACAAAUUUUGAUAAGAUUAUCUCCAUGUUGAAGGAUGUUGUACCACAGUUAUCUUGUCCAAUUGCACUAUUCUCAUAUUAUAAUCCAAUACUCAAGCGUGGUGUUGAAAAGUUCAUGAUCACUGUCAGGGAUGCUGGGAUACAUGGACUUGUGGUUCCAGAUGUACCUCUGGAGGAGACUCAGAUAUUGAGAAAGGAAGCUACUAAGCAAAAUCUUGAAUUGGUGUUGCUGACAACACCGACAACUCCGACAGCUCGAAUGAAGGCAAUUGCCGAAGCUUCAGAAGGAUUUCUCUACCUUGUGAGCUCAGUUGGAGUUACUGGAGCUCGCGCAUCUGUGAGCAACCACGUGCAAUCUCUCCUAAUGGACGUUAAAGAGGCAACAAAUAAGCCAGUAGCAGUUGGUUUUGGCAUAUCAAAACCUGAGCACGUCAAACAGGUGGCCGGAUGGGGAGCAGACGGGGUGAUUGUUGGCAGUGCCAUGGUAAGAAUACUAGGCGAGGCAAAAUCUCCUGAAGAAGGCUUGAAAGGGCUAGAAAGCUUCACCAAGUCGCUAAAAGCUGCACUAUAGAGAUGAAGCUAUUGUUGUUAGAUUGCAUCUUGUAGCUUUUCCUAUCAAAUUUAGAGAAUUGAAGGCCAUUGUGAUUUUCAAAAUUUGUUUUUAAUUGAGACAAAUCAUAGAAAAUUUUCAAUUAAAUAGACCAGAUUUUGAUAAUUGCUGCA